CUUCACAGUGCCCACUCCAAUCCAAUCCACUCAACCCAAAUCCGCUCCACUCUCCGUCAUCUUCCAAUCCUGCUGCUCCACUCUGCUGCUGCAGCUGCUCCACACCCGUUCCAGCCCAGUCACUUUGGCCCAUCCCUCAUCCUGGAUCGACACCGACAUCUCGCAGAGCCCCAUAUGCUUCCCGCUUUAUUUGGAGCAAUACAUAUGACCAUCCAUCCCUUCCAUUCCUUCCGCCUUACUUUUGAUCUGUUGUCAACCUCGUUGCUCAUCACUUGUCCCCCAAACAACAGUUUGAACUCUCUCCAUUCUCUUGUUCGCCGCGUUACAUCUCUACACGCCUCGAGCAAAGCAACGCUAUACAGCGACUAACACAGCCAAAGAACGCCUGGCAACAUGUCCAACCCACGGCUCGACUCCUCUCUCGGCGACCAAGAUCGACUACAGCUUCUGUUCGCCCAACAGCAAGAGAUCCAGGCUGAGAUCGCCAGACUCCUUCCCUCCGAACCCCACCAACACCACCGGACACCCAUCCACAAGCAACAGUCGCAACGACGACAUGCCCCACGAAGCAUGUCCAGCAGUGGUGCCAUUACCACCAUGGCCAGGACACCUUCAGAUCGGAUCGAGAUACCAGCUCCACGUCAACGAACAUACUCUCAGCAGUCCGCACCUGCGCCUUCCAUGGCACGCACCAACUCGAGGGGCACGUCCUCGCAGCGAAGCGGCAACCUUCCUUUCACCAAGAACGGCCCGACCCCUCCGCUCCUCCACACCGAGUCUCGUCAGGAUAACCACGCAAUGCUAGCCUUCCUCUCGCAGGAAACACCCUUCAAUCCGCAAAACCUUUCCCACCAGACCCCUCAGCUUCAACGAUCGAUGUCGCAAUCACAACGAAAACCAGACCUCGAGCAGGUCCUCGAGGCACCUCUCGGAGACAUGGAGGACCCCAGCGAGUAUAUAUUUCGAACAUUGGGCACACCAACAGUCUCAGUCUCGCCCUCAGUCCCGACCUUUUCCAAUACGCUUAACACUUAUCAACUACCAGGGGGCUCUUUCAACACUCCCUCGACACCAACAAGCGACUCGCUCACUAUAGCAACUACACUCACGAGCGACAUGAGUCGACAGAAUAGUGUCAUUACUAUUAACGAGCCUCUGCUCGAAAGUAUGCAGAUGAUGAAGUGCAGUUCACACACUUCCUAUUCCCAAAACUUCAGUCCAGAUCAGACAUUAUAUGAUCAAGUUUCUCCUCAUUUUACAUCCUCUAGUCGUCAUUCAUCAAACGAGGAGCAGACUCAGCUUCUCGUUGGUACUGGUGGUGCAAGUCACGAGUCACAGUUUCCUCCCCCCUUUCCCUUCCCAUCUUCUGGCUCUUUCGGCGAGAAGAUGGAGAAAUCUCAUUCGAUUGAAAGUACUUCUUCGUUGUCAUCGAAUGCAUCAUCUCGAAGCAAACUACGCCUGCAGGCCCAGAACAUGCUGGCUGCUGCACGACCGCUCAUGCCCAAAGGUGGCGGCGAAGAUACCCCAAUGUCUCGAGAUAACUCAUCACAAUCGAUGAACCGACUCGAUUCGAAAGACGGGUCGUCUGACAAACUUGCUAUUGCGUCGAAAGUUGCUACUUACCAACGACCAAAGCACGAUCGCGUCAAGUGCAAGCUGUGCGAUAGCCAGCAAGAUGGUUUCCGCGGCGAGCAUGAGCUCCGACGACAUGUAGACCGAGAGCACAAGUCACUCGUGAAGAAGUGGGUAUGCGAGGAGCCGAAAGAUGGCCUCCAACACCCCAAGCCUGUCCUGCCGCUCUCAAGAUGCAAGGCAUGUCAUCAGCAGAAGAAGAAGUACGGUGCAUACUACAACGCCGCCGCCCACCUCCGACGGGCUCACUUCAAGCCCAAGAAACCAACACGCACGAAGAGCAACACCAAGGUCGAGGACGGUGAGAAGCGCGGUGGAAAGGGCGGCGGUGACUGGCCGCCAAUGUCAGAGUUGAAGUACUGGAUGAAGGAAGUGGAGGAGCAAGUUACCCAGCUCACCGAAGAAGAGCAAGCACUACAAGACGCCGCCGACGCCUCCGACGACGAGAACCUCGACGACGCCUUCGACGACCCCCUCUUCACGCAACAAGUCUCAUCAGGUAUCAGUGGCAGUACCUUUGACAAUAGCUUCGCCGACAUCUCGCCAAUACACCCCUACCCAUCAGCCAUCAACACCAACAUCUAUAGCAUGUCAAACAUGCCUCUCGAUCUCACUGGCUCUGGCUCGCAGGGUAACUGCAUGGACUCGCAGUCCAUGUACACGCCCUCCAGCCAGAGCAGCUUCCCCUCUUUCUCUCCGCAUCUGUUUCAAAACGACGCCACUAUGGCGUUCUUUGAUACUUCCUCUUCGUCCAUGCUCUCCCAAAACUUUCAUCUCGACGACCAGGCUCUUCUUGCUGGUCCAGACUUUGCAGAUUCUUCUUUCUAUCAAUGAUGCAUCUUGAUUCUUUUCUUGCUCGAUUCUUCAUGUACCGAAACUCUGUUUCGCAUUCGAAAUGUAUGAUUCUCUUAUUGUCUAUGCAUAUGAUGGUAGUAAGGUGUCUAUGAUCUUCCUUUCUCCUACUUUUAUAUUUAUUACAUCUCUUCAACCUUUCGUCGUGUUGUAUAUAUUAUUAAAGCAUGGAGAGGAAUACAAUUCAUUAUGAAUUGAGGCGUUUGAUUUUUUUUCGGCGUUUUUUUCUUUUAUGGGAGUUCAAAUGACUGGAGCAUGAUGUUAUGAGAUAUGAAUGUAUGUACUCCGAGCAAGGGUCGGCAUCGGGGUCGGAAUAGUGGCGUAUCUGGUGACUCGCGCCAUUUGGCAGUGGGCAACAAAUGGCUUUGUUACAAUUAUACAAACAAGCAAUGGAUAUACAAAAAUUUUAUACCGUUAAAG